AUGGACGAGGUACAAUAUAGCGACGUCUUGCAGCGUCUCAAGGAAGGCUCGCAAAAACGCGAUCCACGUUCCGUUCGGUUGGCUGCCGUCACGUCCGCCCUCGUCGAAGUCGUUGAGGGGGACGAUGUCACGGCUGCCAAGGUCUACGCACGUACCGUUACUGCGCUGGAAGGGAUUUUGUUUUCGGAAACAACGUCCUUGACGGAAUCGCUGGCUACCCAGGUGGCCUUGCUGGAACUACUCGCCACAACUUUGCCCUUUGUCACUCCGACAGCGAUUGUAUCGGCCUCGUUGACCUUGACUUCGCGGGUUUUGCGGGGUGUCAUUACUGCGAGUCAGUCAGUCUCGAUUGAGGGAUCAACGAUGGAGACUAAGGAUGAAUUGGGUGGAGCAAACGCAGCCCUGCGGUGGACGUGCAAGGCUGCCACGGAAGUAUUGAAGCGCUUGGAUGGACGUCAGAAGAACGUUGACGAAAAAGUCAUUCAGCAACUGUUACUCGGGACACUCAUCACCUGUAUGGAAGACCGACGACCCAAAGUACGCAAGGCGGCGCAGAAUGGCGUUAUUGAAGUGUUAGUAAUGGAAGAACCGCAUCGAUGUCAUUCGGCCGUUCGCAAGGCAGUUUCGAGUUACGCACACGCCGAAAUCAAAAAGACAACCGAGAGCAAGCAGAAUGAUUCGCUGGGUGAUCUAUUGCACCUACUAGGGUUUCUGGACCGUGCAAUUCCAUAUUUGGCUUAUCAAAAGCUGGGUUCUGACAUUAUGGAGCUUGCUACGGCUUUGUUUCAGGUGGAGGAGUCCACGUCAUCAAUGGAUUUUGUGUCAGUCAAAGUAGGACAAGCCACACCCAAGGUUCUGGUUAUCAGCUCCUCAUUGUCUGUCAUUUCGUCGCUUUUGGAAAACACAGAUCCAGAAAGAAAGGACGUAUUGGAUGGCUUCGCCCCUCGCGUACUCGCUAGUCUCAUUCAAGCCAAGCCGUCGUUAAUCUUUCGGCGAGGUUACGCCGAGUUUGAGAUUCUUCAAAAAGGACGGACAGUGUUUGGUCAGGCGCUUCUCUCUGCCUGCCGGCGCGUUUUAUCGAGCAAAAUGGAUCUCGGAGCGAAGUUGUUGCCACUAUCGGUCCAAAUGAUUCUGUCAAUUGCGACCCCGAACGACGACGAGUCAGAGAAGAAUUCCACCGUCGCCGAGACACUUCUUGUGGAAUUAACUCAACUCUUUCGAGAGUCUUUGACUAGUUUUAUUCAAUCAGGCGCUCCCGGCCUGGACAAGUGUCUCAACGACUGCUUACACAGUAUGCAACAAGUGAUUUCACCAAGUUUUCUACCAAGUACAUCGAUUUCGCUGAACUGCUUGGCUGUUCUUGUUCAACAGCUUUGGCAAAGUCCACAAGUACCAGAGAUUAUCGAAGGGCUCAUCCAAUGCCGGAAGGAAAGUGCAGGGGACUCAUCAUCACAACAAGCAAUCGACGAUGCCUUUUCCUCGAUUGUUCAAGGUGUCGGUAUCGAAGUAUUUUGGGAUUGGAUACAGUGGAAUCCGGAUUCAGCUAAGACUGCUGCUGGAGGUAUUCGACUGGACCGGGCCUUUAUUCUACCUACAAUGAAGGUUGCCGCUAAUACGGCUGAUGCGGGCGGACAAAAGCUCGCUUUCUUUCAAAGCAGAAUACUUGGAUUGGCCCGAGAAUGUGACAAACUGGCGGCUAGCAGCAAGGAAGUAAAGUUCCACCAAGCUAGAGUUGUUGAUCUGUGGUCAUUAUUGCCGUGCUUCUGUAGACGCGCCGUCGAUAUUGUAGCCUCGUUGCCUGCUUUGACUUCUGUCCUCAAGAAAGCUUUGGAAGAUAGACACUAUCCUCAACUCGUGCUUUUUAUUAGUGCAGGCCUCGUUUCUCUUGUUUCGUCUGACGGAGGCGGUAUAUCUACGACACAAUCGGAAAUCUUGAGUGAAGCGGCAGUCGAACUUUUACCUGUGAUGUUCAAAAUUGUAGCUUUAAACGACAAGCCUCCGACAGAGGAUUUGAAAACUCAGAUGAAGAUGACAGCGAGUGAAGUUUCAGAGCGUAGCCAUCAGACUCAAUCGCUUUGUGAAGCGAUUGCGGCUCUCUCCCGCUGUGCACCAACACCAUUCUUACAUGGUUUGUUCAAAAAACUUAUGCAACGUCUUCUAGAGGAAGCGCAAUCUGGCAUUAGCGAUAGCAGCAAAGUUUGUGCUUUCCUCUGCCUCUGCCAGUCUCUCGUUUCAUCUCGGGUGCUAGACGAGAAUAGCAUUUCGUUUUUGUAUCGCGCUCUGAAGCCUAUGAUUCGAAACGAUGAACAGGAUGCGCGCAUUCAGAAACGAGCCUACAAAGUCCUUGCUGAAAUGUGCGAAUGCCACCAUUCGUUUUUUUUCGAUAUCACACGACUGCAAGAGACUAUUGAGCUUCUCACAGGCACUAUGGGUACAUCUCAAAUUGCUGCUCGACACAUGAGACUUAAAUGCAUGAACAUCAUCAUUGAUGGGUUUGACGAUACACACUCGGAGCAUGUUGACGAAUUGAUGCAUGUUUUGGCUGAGAUCUUACUAUGCUUAAAAGAUCCUAACGCGAAAACUAGAGAAGCAGGAUAUCAGUUGCUUUUGUCCAUUGCCAUGCGAAAAGAUAUGGCUGGUUUCCUGCAGACAGUCACGGCCGCGCUUGGCGCCGAGACGCCUCAUAUGAGAUCGGCUGCAGUGAUGGCAUUGUCUCGACUUGUUUUUGAAUUUGGCUGGGAAGACGAAAGUCUUCACAUUCUACUUCCAUCUCUUUUGCGGACGGUCCUUGUACUGGUCAACGAGAAUUCGAGAGAAGUUAUCAAAAGUACUAUUGGAUUUAUUCGCAUCAGCGUUGCUGCUAUCCCGGCAGAGCAGCUGGAGCCGGUCCUUCCCGAGCUUCUUGGAGGCUUACUACAUUAUCACAAAGCUAAAAGCCGAUUCCGCUCCAAAAUUAAGAUCAUUCUGAAAAAACUCAUCAAACUCUUUGGGUACGACGCCUUGACUCCCUACGUUCCCGAGACUGAAACACGCCUUCUCACGCAUAUGAGAAAGCUUGAAGAACGGCAAGCGAGACGAAAAGCUGAAGCGAAGGCUGAAGGUCGCAAUAUGGAUCAAUUUGACGAGAUGUUUGAUUCCGACGAAGAGGACUCUGAUGAUGGACGUACUUGGAUGUCUGGUGCUACCGGCUUUACGAAGCUCACAGCUCGCAAUGGAGGUAAGCUCCGUUCUGUGGCGAGGAGUAGUGAUAGCAAGAUGAGCAAGGCAACGAUGGCUUCUCGUGCGACGAGCACUUCAGCGAGCAAGCUAGAAUCCAGCACCCGUCUGCCUGACGAAACUGACGGAGACGUUGUCGAUAUGCUCGAUUCCAAAUUCGCCAAGCGAGUUAAGUUUAAUGACCAGAGUGCGAACAGUGACUCGGAUGGAGCAAUGGAGUUUGACGAUGAUGGUAGGCUUAUUGUACGAGAUGAGGGGGCAGUAGUGGCUUUGGAGUCGAUCGAUGAAGGAAGAGCGGAACAACAACAGAAGUUCAUCGGGAACAAGAGGCAAAGAUUGGGCAAGCUUGAUGGCGUCAAGACGAAAGAAAGUGAUGUUAAAAGUAAGAAAAGCGGGAAGCGGGGCAGAGAAUUGGGGUCCCAGUAUAAAUCGAAGAAAGCUGGCGGCGACGUCAGAAAAAAGGACCAAAAGUUUGAGCCAUACGCGUUUGUGCCGCUGGAUGGCAAGUCGUAUUCGAAGAAGAAUCGUCGUGGAGCGGUGGAGCAGAUGUCAUCAGUUGUCCGGCAAGGAGGGAAAAGAAAAAGGUGA